UUGACACCCACUUGACACCUGUCAAAAAAACUGCUGUGUGCGCUAGCGGCAUUCGGCGAAUUCCUUAAAAAUUGUUUUACGCGAGAUUACAUCAGAAUUUAAUAAUUUUACAUUGAAAGAAAUAAGGACAAAUCAUGUCGGAUUUAUUGCACAUCGACGGAAGUGUGCUAGAAGGGGGCGGACAAAUUCUGCGGAUAUCUAUAUCGUUGAGCGCCAUUCUGGGUGUUCCUGUGCAUGUCACAAACAUAAGGAGUGGUCGGUCUAAACCUGGACUCGCAGCACAGCACUUAAAAGGCAUACAGUUAGUGGCAGAUAUAUGCCAGGCGAAGUUGAAAGGUGCUCACUUGGGCUCAACUGAAAUAGAAUUCCGGCCUGGCAAGAUCAGGGGAGGACACUAUGUGGCUGACACACAGACCGCUGGUUCAAUCAGCCUGCUACUCCAAGUGGCGCUGCCAUGUGCGUUAGUAGCCGACGGCCCAGUGACCCUGGACCUCAAGGGUGGCACAAACGCCGACAUGGCACCCCAAAUCGACUAUAUGACUGAGGUAUUCCGACACGCACUGAGGAAGUUUGGUGGUGAUUUCAAUCUCACUAUACACAGGAGAGGGUAUUACCCUCGAGGCGGUGGUCACGUGACUGUCGAGAUAUCUCCUGUGAAGCAGUUCACCAGCGCCACAAUCACUGAGCGAGGAACCAUCACGAGCAUCUACGGAUGGAGCUUCGUAGCUGGCACGCUGCCUAUAAAGUUGUCAUACGCGAUGAGCGACGGCGCGCGGCAGCAGUUGCGCACGGUGUACAACAACGUGCAAAUCGAGUGCUACAAGGAGGAGCGCAGCCUCGCGCCCGACAGCUGCAACGGGAUUAUCUUGGUUGCCGAGCUAUCAUCUGGUUGUAUGCUGGGCAGUGACGGACUCGGGCGGCGGGGGGUCGACCCUCAUGACGUUGGUAACAAGGCGGGUCAGGAACUACGAUACGCGCUGGAGAGCGGCGCCUGUGUUGAUAAUCACGCGCAGGAUCAAGUGAUACUCUACAUGGCAUUGGCUGAAGGCAGAUCGACGGUCAGGACAGGAGAUAUCACACUACACACCAAGACAGCCAUGCAUAUCGUCGAGCUUAUUGCGAAGAUAAAAUUCAAUGUGGUGCCAGACGGAAGCCAGAAUCUCAUCGAGUGUGUCGGUUUAGGUAUUGUUAAUAACAUACCUACUUAAUUCUCAUAACAUAUAUAUAACUAGCAUACAAAAAAGAUAGCCUCUGUAUCAAAUGACGGCUUGUAUGUUACAAUUUAAUUAAUAGUAUAAUACUAUAUGUAAUAUAUGCAAAUAUAUGUAUAUGAAAAACAAUCUUAACAAGUUCCUGAUUCUCAUAUCCGAGUUUGCAUAGAGGUCGUUCAUGCUCCAACUGUGCCAAAUUACAGUUGGGUAAGACCCCCCGUGACAGGGUCCUUAAUACGUAAUUUAAAAUUUACUUUAUAGUAAUAAUAGUGUAUAGGAAAUUGUUUUCAAUAUUAUAUUUCUAAUUAAAUAAUUGCAUAAUACUUUAUUUAUUGUACCAAAAAUAGCUUUAACAAUAAUUUAUUAAACACAAAGUGUGGAAAUUGUAGUUAAAACAAGAGAUAGAGAAAUGGAUGAUUAUGUUUAUAAUUAAAUUAGCAUCGUCCUAAAGGGUUUUUUUUGGGAAUUUAAAUCGUUACUAAUGUAUUUAUUUACAUCUUCUCAAUGUGCAGAGAUAAUCUCUGUAACGAUUUGUUAUUGCAUUUAUAAAUUAUGAGUUUAUAAAAAUGAAUUUGUACAAUAAAAUAACUGACAAAAUAGUUUAUAAGGUUUCAUGUUUUUUUUUUAUUGUAUGCAUGCACUUUUUCGAUUGUUUUUUUUUUAACAUAUAUUUGGUAAAAAGAUUAAUGAAUUAUGUCUACACCUUUAAAUAAUAUAACUAUUAAAAAGUUCCUUCAUACAAAUCAAGUAAUAUGAUUAAUUUUUGUAUUGAUUUCCAUGACAGGACGCGAAUAGUAUACAAACAGCUGUACAUUUACGGGCGGUUUUAUGUACUUACUAACAUUUAACUGGAAUUUACUAUCGCACACGGCAGUAAAAGUUACACUAACUAUUACUGCUGUUUCUCACUCGCCGAAGCGUUUUAUUUCUGCAUUGAGCACUAGUAAUGAUAUGUUUUAAAAAGAUAUUGAGUGCUUUUCAGUUCUCAACUAUAAUUCUUUCUUAUAUUACAUUUAAAAUUACAAAUUAUAACAAUGAUUAAAAGCUCUGUUUGAUAUUUAGCAAAAACGAAACGCACAUAUGACAGUAAUCACAUUCGACCCUCUUAGAUAGCUAAACUUCACGGAUAAGGUAUUUGUUUUAGCUAGAAACGCAAAUAACCACCAUAAGUAAGCAUUUUAACUGUUUGUAAUCUGACAAUAAGAUAUUAAGACAGGCUUUUAGAGACGUCACUUAAUUUGUAUAAUUUAGUUAUCAUUAGACAGAUUUUGUUAUUCGGUAAUUUCACAUAGAGUGAAUUAGCGUCUAAUAUUUUUUACUAAAUACAGGAAUUAUGUAAUAAAAGUUAGUUAUUGCAAAAAAAUUUAUUCACUAGAAAAAUAAUCAAAUAAAAUCGCUAAUGAUCAUUCAAAUUAAGUGACGUCUUUGAGUGGGAGAAAUUAGCCAAAUGUUUAUAAUCUAGAACUGAACUACAUUUUCCCUAACCUUUACUUCCAUUGCUAGAAAGUUUUUAUUAUAUUCUUCCCGAAUUAAAAGGCCAUAGAAUACGCUUAUUGUGAUCACAAUAAUUUAUGUACUUACAUAAUAUAUGUUCACUGUAUACGUUUUUAUAACAAUUAAAGUUAUUUAAUUAAAUGAAUAAAUACUGGUGAUUUAUUGACA